AACAAAUCUUUUUACGACUUAAAAAAAAACCACAGCAGCCCCUGCUCAUUUGUAGGAGUGCUUCUGGAGAGUGCGCCCCAUGCAGUUUGCCGUGAGUGACAAACAACACGGACGCGUCUUUGGCCCCCAUUGAGAGGAGCGAGCCAGAGACGCUCACUUUUUGUUUUGGUGCCGGAGUGGAGUGCACUUGUUGAUGAAUGAACGCGCGUGUGCGUGUGUGUGUGGGGGGUGGGUGGGUGCGUUAAGAGUAGUAACGUUUAUUAACCGAACGGCUCAGCGUGACCGGGGUGUGUGGGUGUGUGGAGGGUUAACAUCUCCGUGACUUGAACUACGGCCAAAGUCAGGCUCGAGCAGCGGCAAAUAGCAGAAGCGGCGGCGGCGGCGGCGACACCUGGCACUCUCACGUUGAAGGCCGCCACCGAGGAUUUGGAUGGAGCAGAGCAAGGUCAAAAUCACCGUCGUGGUGGGUCACGAGGAGAAGCUGGUCUCCGGCCUCACCAAGCGCACCACCUGCGAGGAUGUGACCAGGGCCCUGCUCCGGGAGAGCGCGCGCACUCCCCAACGCCCCGCCAAGCCGUCGGGCGGCCCCCACGGCGCCUACUGCAUCGUGGAGCGAUGGCGCGGCAUGGAUCGAGUCCUCCCGCCCAAGACCAAGCUGCUGCGCCUCUGGACGGCUUGGGCCAGCGAGCAGGAGAAUGUCCACUUCUCGCUGCGCAGGGCUGGCCGCCACCAGGGUGUGGGAUCGUCCGCGCCCCGGACCGCCGAGGCCAAGGUGGUGAAGAGCAAGGAGGGACAGCAGCAGCAGCAGCAGCAGCGGCAGUCGGGGCACGCGGAGGACGGCGAGGCCGACAGCGGCUUGCAGGAGAAGCAGAGGCGCAUGGUGCGUAAGGCAUUCCGCAAGCUCGCCAGGAUGAACCGCAAGCGCACGCAGGCGGCCGCCGCCGACCGGGAACCGUCGCCCGUGCAGAGGCUGGAGACGCUGGUGAGGGUGGUGCUGUCGCAGGACCAGACGAUCCGCGAGCAGGAGGAGUGCAUCCGAGCCAUGGACGAGGAGAUCGAGAGGCGUGAGGCCAAGAUCCACAUGGACCGGUGCGAGCGCGAGGGGGCCAACUACGUGCAGGACGCGUACCUGCGGGGCGUCGAGACGGAGCAGACGGGGAGGCUGUCGCAGGGCGGCUCAGAGGGCGUCGGCGAGGCGUCCUCCCGCGAGCAAGCCGUGAAAUGCGAGGCGAUCGCGCAUCUGCAAGAUCAGCUGCUCUAUUACGAGGAGCUCGCCGCGAGGCUGCACUUGGAAAUCCUGGAGGAGCAGGGCGGCGGGGCCCGGAUCAAGGGUUGUGACAAUGUGGCGUGCGCCGAACCUGCUCGGCCCCACGAGACCGCCGCUCUCACGAGCGACGGGCAAAGCACCACCACCCACGGCGCCGCGGACCGUUGCCGGGCCAAAGCCGACCUGCUCACCGGGGCGGAACUAACAGAUUCUCUGUUGGAGGAAAGCGUGAAGAGAAGCGGGGUUAUUCAAGCGGAGAUGAGCUCCGUGCAACGCGAUUUGCACAGAUGUCAGGCCACGUUGCAGUGCCGGGCGAGAGAAUGCGAUCACCUCUCGAGCCUGCUGUCCACGAUGCACGUACAAGAGAAAGAGGAGCUCUCAAUUGUCGACGCACGCGACGAGCACAGCGCAGCCCAGGCGCACGUUGCCACGCCGAACUUCGCCGGGGAUCUGUUCACUGCCUCGCCGUGCCUAUCGAUAGAGACGAAGGGCGAGGCGAAUGAUAAUGACUCGGACACCGGGCUGAGCUCCAUGCACAGCCAGGACUCUGACACUGUCCUCUACAUGGAGUCUCUUGUGUAGGGAUUCCUGCGUUUUGUAUUUAAUAAUAAUAAUAAUGAUGUCCACGUGAAAGGAAAAAAAAAACUUUUGUUUUUUUUUAAAUCGUUUUUGUACAACCUUUUCGCAAAUGAUGGCACUUUAUUGUCGCGUCAAACAAGGCACACUUUGGGGGGGGGGGGGGUCUGUUGUACGGUAUUUAAAGAAAACGCAACACGGCUUUUCGCUACGUAUAAACGAGACGCUAAACGUUACAUUGCAACAGGCUCUAGCAGCACAAGUAUUGUGACGAGUGAGUGACAAUUAUAGUACUUAAAUGCUGGAUUGAAUGGAUCACCGAUUAUCACUUGAGAAUGAGGACAGCAUGGCUUAUAUGCUGUCUCUAGCAUGCAUUUGCCAAUCGACAAUACGUACCUAAUAAAAAAAAAACCCUGUAGAUUCAAACAUAUAAUAUAGUAUUGCUAGAACAAAGACAAAAUAGUAAGCUGAACAGAAAGUGACUGCUGAAUCUGUUUCACGUUAUUAUUGCUAAUGCUUAAGACAGAGGCCAUGUAUUGUUACUUAUGGCUGAAUAAAAUACAACUGAGCACAUUUCACAGCGGUAGCUGUCGCGAAAAUGCCAAACCUGGCUCACUCGGUGCUGCCAAUGUAAAUUGAGACUAUUUCUGCUUGCAGUUGGGCACAAUACCUAGAGAAUAGCAAACUUGGGUUCCAUAACAAACAGGAACGUGAUCGUGUAAAGUUGUAAUUUCCUCCCAGCUAUAUUUAACAAAAAAAUAACUGACAAUGAUAAUAAAAUAAUUAUUCAAUGCAA